AAAAUGGCGGCGCCCAUUAUAUGCAUACCAGGUCAGAGAAUUUGCCGAUCAGAUGAAGGACACAUAGGCGGACAUGGUACUUAUGAGAGAAAUGGUUUCAUAUUUUCAAGCCUGGCUGGCCAGCUAAAUACAGACAGCAGAGAUGGAAAGAAAGUCAUUGAAGUGCGGACGAGCGCUGAUAACAGCAUCGUACCUUCAGUAGACAGUGUUGUUACAGCAAGGGUCACAGGUGUCAAUCCUCGUUUCUGUAAAUGCUUGAUUAUAGCAGUGGAGAGGACCACAUUACGAGAACCAUUCCGUGGAAUUCUCAGGAAGGAGGAUGUGCGUGCCACAGAAAAGGACAAGGUGGAACUGUACAAGUGUUUCAGACCAGGAGAUGUUAUUAUCAGUCGAGUUUUGUCAUUAGGAGAUGCUUACUCUUACCUUCUGAGCACAGCUGAGAAUGAGCUGGGGGUUGUCGUGGCAACUAGUGAAGCAGGUGCACCCAUGGUUCCUAUCAGCUGGUGUGAAAUGCAGUGUCCAAAAACGUUUGCAAAGGAGUACAGAAAAGUUGCAAAAGUGCAGCCUAAAUUCAUAACAUCAGAUGACACGUGAUCAGUGUUAUUGUUUCUUCAU